AAAUAAUUAGGUUUAUUGUACAUUUAUAAUUAAGGAUAUUAAACGAAUCAUUUACAUACGUAUUUCGAUUAGGAAAAAGUACUGAACUACGUAAAUUUAGUUUUUUAUGUGGAAAUUUUGAGGUAAGCAAGUAAGAUUGAAAGAAGAAAUUUAGUAUAUUUGCUGAAAAAUGAGUGAUACACUGCAAGCGUUGUUCAAAUAUAUAGACGAAAAUCAGAAAACAUUUAUCGAUAAUCUAAGAGAUGCAGUUGCAAUAAAAUCGGUCUCAGCAUGGCCACAUACUCGCGACGAUGUAGUUAAAAUGGUUACACAUGUUGGUGAAACUCUAAAAAAUUUAGGUGCAAAAGUAGAACUUCGUGAUAUUGGUACUGAAAAAUUGCCAAAUGGAUCAACAAUUCCGUUACCUCCGGUGUUAUUGGGCUCUUUGGGAGAUGAUAAAAAUAAGCAAACUAUCCUUUUAUAUGGACAUUUAGACGUACAACCUGCGUUGGUCGAAGAUGGAUGGGAUACAAAUCCUUUCGAAUUAACAGAAAAAAAUGGAAAAUUAUAUGGACGAGGUUCAAGUGAUGAUAAAGGUCCAGUUUUAGGAUGGGUUCAUGCCAUACAAACUUAUCAAGCAUUAAAGAUAUCACUUCCAGUGAAUCUUAAAUUUUGUUUUGAAGGAAUGGAAGAAUCUGGUUCACAAGGUUUAGAUGCUUUAUUAUGGUCUGAAAAAGAUAAGUUUCUUGCAAAUACGGAUCAUGUCUGUAUUUCUGAUACUUAUUGGUUAGGUACUGAAAAACCUUGUAUUGGUUACGGAUUAAGAGGAAUUUGUUAUUUCUUUUUAGAAGUAGAAUGUGCAAAAAAAGAUUUGCAUAGUGGUAUCUAUGGAGGAACAGUACACGAAGCAAUGACUGAUUUAAUUUAUCUUUUAAACACUCUAGUGGAUAGAGACGGUAAAAUUCUAAUUGAUGGAAUCUACAAUGAAGUUGCACCUUUAAUUGAAAAUGAAACAGACAUUUACGAUAAAAUCCAUUUUAGUGUGGAUGAAUUUCGUAGUGAUGUUGGUGCAGACAAACUUUUACACAGUGAAGAUAAAGUUAAACUUUUAAUGCAUCGAUGGCGUCAUCCAUGUUUGUCAAUUCAUGGAAUCGAAGGUGCUUUUAGUGAUCCUGGAUCAAAAACUGUGAUUCCUUGUAAAGUAACGGGUAAAUUUUCUAUUCGUAUCGUGGCUAACCAAGAACCUAAAAAGAUUGAAAAGUACGUAGUUGAUUAUAUUGAGAAAAAGUGGAAGGAAUAUGGAAGCCCAAAUAAAAUGAAGAUUUUUAUGAGAGAAGGUGGCAAAACUUUUAUUGAAGAUCCGAAUAAUCAAUUUUAUGUAGCAGCUCGUAACGCAAUGAAACAUGUUUUUAAUGUCGAACCCGAUCUUAUCCGGGAAGGAGGUUCAAUUCCUGUUACAUUAACUUUAAGUGAAGUGACUGGAAAAACUGUUGUGCUACUUCCUAUGGGAGCUGGAGAUGAUGGAGCCCAUUCUCAAAAUGAAAAACUUAAUAUACGGAAUUAUAUUGAAGGAACAAAGGUGAUGGCAACAUAUUUCCAUGAAGUUGGAAAAUUACCCAAAUAAAAGUGUCCUACAGGUCUAUGGAGAACUUGCAAAUAUUAAACAUAGAUGAAACUAAAAAAAAUUUGUGCCUGUAGAGUGUUGAGGUUGUUCAAGAAGUGUUUGCGGAUAAAUGGUUGUUUAUUUAAAAUAUUUCAUCUAUCACACUUAAAAAAUGUAAGAAAUAUGCUAG